GAUUUUGCUUUGAAUCUGUAAACCCUUGGGGUUCUUCAAGGACCAGGAGAUGGAUGUGUGCCACAAAUCCCAGCCUGGCUUCCCCUCUGGAAGUGAUGUCUGCCUCCUGGGCUCCAUCCCACCUUGUGUUCAGUCCUGGCCAAUAAAAUGCCAGGAGAGAUGGACAAGCCACUGAUCAGCCGCCGCCUGGUGGAUAGUGAUGGCAGCCUGGCUGAGGCCUCCAAUGAAGCCCCCAAAGUGGGCAUCCUGGGUAGUGGGGACUUUGCCCGCUCCCUGGCCACACGCCUGGUGGGGUCUGGCUUCAGCGUGGUGGUGGGAAGCCGCAACCCCAAACGCAUGGUUGGGCUGUUCCCAUCAGCAGCACAAGUGACUUUCCAGGCAGAGGCGGUAGGCUCCCCUGAGGUCAUCUUCGUGGCCACGUUCCGGGAGCACUACUCCUCGCUGUGUCGUCUCAGCGACCAGCUAGCCGGCAAGAUACUGGUGGAUGUGAGCAAUCCUACAGAGCAGGAACACCUUCAGAACCAUGAGUCCAAUGCUGAGUACCUGGCCUCCCUCUUCCCUACCUGCACAGUGGUCAAGGCCUUCAAUGUCAUCUCUGCCUGGACCUUGCAGGCUGGCCCAAGGGAUGGGAACCGGCAGGUGCCCAUCUGUAGUGACCAGCCAGAAGCCAAGCGUGUUGUCUCAGAGUUGGCUCACACCAUGGGUUUUGUGCCCGUGGACAUGGGGUCCCUGGCCGCAGCCCGGGAGGUAGAGGCUAUGCCUCUGCACCUCCUCCCAAGCUGGAAGGUACCUACCAUCCUGGCCCUGUGGCUCUUCCUAUUCUUCUACGUCUACAACUUCAUCCGGGAUGUGCUGCAGCCCUACGUGAAAGAGGGCAAGAACAAGUUCUACAAGCUCCCCCUGUCUGUGGUCAACACAACACUGCCAUGUGUGGCCUAUGUGUUGCUUUCGCUGGUCUACCUGCCAGGCACACUGGCAGCCACCCUGCAGCUGUGGCGCGGCACCAAGUACCGCCGCUUCCCUGACUGGCUGGACCACUGGCUGCAGCACCGCAAGCAGAUUGGCCUGCUCAGCUUCUUCUGUGCUGCCUUGCACGCCAUCUACAGCGUCUGCCUGCCUGUGCGCCUCUCCUACCGCUAUGAUCUGGUCAACCUCGCCAUCAAACAGGUCUUGACCAACAAGAGUCACCUCUGGGUUGAGGAAAAUGUUUGGCGGAUGGAGAUAUAUCUCUCCCUGGGAGUCCUGGCCCUUGGCACGCUGUCCCUGCUGGCUGUCACCUCACUGCCAUCCAUUGCCAACUCACUCAACUGGAGGGAGUUCAGCUUCUUUCAGUCCACUCUAGGUUUUGUGGCCCUGGUGCUGAGCACCCUGCACACACUCACCUACGGCUGGACCCGCGCCUUUGAGGAGAGCCGCUACAAGUUCUACCUGCCUCCCACCUUCACACUCACGCUGCUGGUGCCCUGUGUCGUCAUCCUGGCCAAGGUUCUGUUCUUCCUGCCCUGCUUAAGCCGCAGACUCUCCAAGAUCCGGAGGGGCUGGGAGAAGGACAGUGCUGUCAAGUUCACACUGCCAAUGGACCAUGCCUCUACCCAGAAGACAAGCCAUGUAUGAGGAGCUUGCAUCUGCCUUUGGAAACCACAUGCAGGCAGGACAGUGCCCUGAGCCUGUCAGGACCUCUUUUCCCUGAUUGAGCAGUAUGGUGUAAUUGUGCACAAAUUGGUGGUUUGAGGUCCGAAUUCCUGGGAUGCUUAUGUAUUCAGUAAUAUUCAGAAUGACACACACGUGCGUGUGAUAUAUAGGCUCAUAUAUAUUUCAUUUAUAUAUAUCAGGAUUUGCAAUUAUACUCAGCUAAAAUGUUGAGUCUUUAAGAUUUCAACUUGUAGAUUUAAAAGCAAGUGCCAGAUGCUAGGAGAACAGCAGCUCACGUUCUUGUGGCACUUGCAGAGAUAUACAAACACUUUUUGCACAGAAAAGGCAAUGAGGGGCUGUCCCUUGGUGGAAUCAAUUCAUUUGUGCCUACCACUCCUCUUUUGCUAGUUUCCCAAGGCUUUUGGAGAGCUGGGGCUCUAAGGUGGUGGCAGACAUGAGCUCGGCCUAGAGCCUGACUCCAUCUGGCAUCAAGCAGAAGAGUCGCUAGUGAAAAGGGGGUGCAGCUCCUUCCCUGACCAACCACCUUUGGGUGGAGCAGGGGUGGGUGGAGAGGGAAUCCUGGUGUCUGUGCCCUGGCAAUCAAUUGAAGGCCCUUCCUUUGCCAGGGAGGAGUGUAAGAAGGGAGGUUGGGGCUGAAGCUGCUCCCCCUAAUCCUCCCUAAACUGGGAGUUUUUUCCCUUAAAGUCAGAAGUCACCACUGUGGCUACAAAUUGGUCCUCUUGUGGGAGUGUGAAGUCACCUCCUUCCCGGAGCCACUAAUGAACCCCAUCUUGAGAACAAGUGUAAUUUUUUCGCUUCCUUUAAGUUGGCGAUGACUGUUCUUUCGACCAGUGUGCCUUCUCACUUUUAUAUCAUUAGUGUGAAUGUGUCCAGGAAGGCCUGGGGCAGGCCCUCUAACAGUCAGUGCAGAGGAAGAGAAUGCAGGGCAGAGCGCUCAGAGUCACAGGGAGCCUUUCCUGAGCCUGCCCAGGGGGCUGAAGAACUGGAUGUCUUCAUUAAAUCGGUCCUGUGGAAAAACACUGGGAUCUCUUCAAAUGCCUUGUGCUGCUACAGGGCAGAGAGCUUGCCUUCCAAGCACCCAGAAAACCACACUGGUCGAAGUUCCUCUUAAAGAACAGUUACAUUUCAAAAGAGCCGGGAGUGUCUUCUCCACCAAAGCUACAACCCUGAAAUUCUGCCCCAAAGCCUAAGAGGCUGGACCACAGCCAGGGCCAUAGGACAUGUGCCCCUGAAUCAUAUACCAUCCUCACUGAUUCAUACUGAAACUGUUUUUACUUCCCCUGUGAACAAGUGUUCUCCACUGAGCCCCACGCCCACAGCACCCGGCUCCUGGCAACACCCGGCUCCUGUCAUUUCCACAGAAAAAGCACCUUGAACACAAAGAGGGUAAGAUCCUGAUAUCAGUGAGAUGCACAGUGAACUCUACUCUUAGUGGGGGGCUGUGGGUCACAUUCAUAUUUCUUAGAUCUCCUGGGCCAGAGGGCAUGUUAGGGUGAACAAAGAGUCCAGCGGGCAAAGGCUGAGCAGAUUGUGCUGGAGUGAGAGGGUGCCCCUGCCUCCCGGGGGAGGCAUUGUGAGUUCAGGUCUAUGAAGUGCAUCAGGGUCCUUCAGUGAAGAGGGGAAAAAAGCCAAAUGCAAGAAUAUCUCAUUAAGCCAGUGACUGAUGGCCGGAAGGCAGUGCUGCAAAGCUAUUGCUUCCUGCAGAUAUUUUCUGUCUGCUGCUCCGACACUGAGUGGCAGGUGCCUGUCUCCUAAAUUGGCCCUGAUGGAGUGGCCUUAGAGAGAAUCUCUCCAAAGGGGCAGGUGAGGCAGAGGUUUCAGCCCUUGCUUGGCAAAAAGAGGGCUCAGCAGUUUCCUGCUAACAGGUAACAGGGAGAAUGUCGCCAGCUAGAACCCACCUAGGAUUGCCAACUUCAGUCAGUAUUGGCUGCCUUCCUUGUCCAAGCUUCCCUGGGCCUUGGGAUUAUUCUUUAUACCAAAGAUGCUGACAGAACAAAGUCCAGUAGGCACCUUCCCCUUCACACCCACAUCCUGCUACAGGUGCUCCUCAGGAGGGAAAGGAUGCCAAGGUGGGUGGCAGGAAGGCACAGAUAACAAAGGACCUGCCUACCUGCCAACUGGAUAACCAGCUCAUAAAAGUUAUGGAGGGCUAUGGACUUGGCCUUGACUUGUGUCUGCAGCUUCUCUUCCUUUCCUCACCAAGCAGUUGGCAACAGCAUCCCCAAGAGAGCCUAUCACUCCCUUAGAGCCUGCGAAAUUCUAUGUGCCUCUGGGUAUAAAAGUGCCUAAACCAACAUGCUCUGGGAAUCCUAAAUGCCACGUCAGGUUGAUGUUCAAAAUGUAUGCCUCUGAAAGUCUAAUUUUUACCUUGUUGAGCUUGUCUAAGAAGCAACAAAAAUAAACAUCUACCCUUCUGUG